AUGAACCCAAAGUUUUAAUCUUAAAGCUUUAUUAAAAGUGAUAAGAUAUAAGUACCCUUUGAUAAUGAUUUAGUUGGGUUUUAGUUUAUGUAUAAUUUCUCAAUGAGCUUAGAUUAAUAUUAACAAUCUUUAAAUCAGACAUAUUUAAUUUAUAUUGUUUAAUUUUAUUAUUAAGACCCUAAAAAUAAUAUUUUCAUUACUACUAAUCUCAAUACAUUUUAAUGCACUUCACCUUAAUUAGAAGGUUUUAUAUGUAUUGAUUUUUCUAGUGUAAUGAAUUAUACUUUUUUGCUUGAUAAUAGUAAUAAUAAUCAAGUUUAUUCUUCUAUUUUCAUUAGUAUGUAUGGCUGCAAUGACCAAGACUAGACAAAAACAACUGUACCUAAUAACUGCCCAGCCCAAUCUGAUAUUGAUAGUAUUGUAGAUGGAGGUGAAGCAUAUUUUUAGCUGAAACUUAAAUCUUAGUAAUACAAUACAAAUUCAAAAACAAUGCAAACUAAUUACAGAAAUAUAUAUAAUUAUUUAGGCUCUGAAUUAUUUGUACUUAAUUCUAUUAGCGCGUAAAAAUAAGAGACGAAUGUAGACUCAGGUCUUCUUUUUUAGUAGAGAUAAAGUUACUCUUCUCCUAUUUAAUAUACUCUAGCAACUUAAAGUUUUGGUAGAGUUAAAGCAUUAGCCACAGGAGUAGGCCCAUAUAGUAAAUAAAUAAUACUAAUGGAUGAAAUUGUUUAAGAAUUUCAAAUUUAAUAUCCAACAAUUACAGAAAUUUUAGCACUUAUAAAUGCUCUUGCUGGAUUAAUAGUUGUAUUUAGAAUUGUGGGUAAAUUUUACAGUUAAAAGUUAAUAAAAUAAGAUUUCUUUAUGCUAAUGUUUCAAAAUCUUUAUUAAGAUAACUAUAGAAAAGUCAUAAUGCAUAAUAAUCUUAUUAAAAAAUUGGAAAAUAAUUCAUGUUUUAUUACAGAAAAAACUGAAAAAGAAGAAGAUGUAGAUGAAGCCUAAGAAAAUACUAUUAAAAAAGACAUUAUUGUGCCUGAUUUUCCUACGAAACUUAGAGAUUAUGUAGAAAAAAGCUAGUCUCUUUCUAUAAAUAAUAACAAUAACAAUAGUUAAUUUCGCUUAAAAUUUAAUAAUUAAUUCAAUGAAGAGAACGAAAAAAUAGAUAGCUAGAAAUUAAAUUUAAAAUUAAAAAAUUAGAGUAGUUUUGAUAAUAUUCAUUUGUUAAAUAGUGAAAUAAACUCUCCAAAAGCAGAAUUUAUAAACAAAAAAUGUAUUUUUGUUCAAACUGAAAGAAGUUAGUAAAAGGAAUAAUAUGAUCAAGAUAUAAUCAAAAAUAGCUAAAUUAAUGAUAAUUGCUUUGAUAAUAAAUAAAAAAAUUAACUAUCUAAUUAUUAAAAUAAAAUUAAAUUAAAAAAUAUGUUUUACAGUUAACAAAUGAGAUCAAGCCCAAAAAAUAAUAAUUAGUAGAAAGGUACCAAUGCUUUCUAAAAUAGGCCCUAAUUUCAUACAAAAUAAUCUAUUAAUACAAUUAAUAGAGAAUCUAUCUAAUAAAGUCCAACUUAAGGAUAAAAAAAAGAGAUGUUGAAAGAAUCUACCUUUUAAAAUCUCUAAAAUAUUUAAGACAAUAGUUUUAAAUAAACCAUUAAAAAAACCAUUUUUAAAUUCAAGUAAUUUAAAUCAAAAAUAUUUUAUCAGUAGAGAGGGAUAGAUUGUGAUUUUAUAGAGUACAUUUAGAAAGAGGUCAAUAAAAGCUUAGACAUUUAUGAUUUAUACAAAGACAUUAUUUUUUUGAAAAAGGCUAUUAUGAUGAUAUUAAGUGAAGAGCAAUUAGCAGCUAUAUAAUUUAUAACUCUCACUGAAUAAUUUUAAAGUUUAGAUAAAAUAUCUAAUAUGAACGAUCAAUAAUUAAAUAAUAUAAGGUUAAAUUAUUUUGAGAAGCAGAUUUGCAUCUAAAAUUCCUAAUUAUUGCAAGAAUAAUAUCUAAAAAAAUUUUUAAAAAAACAGUAAUAAGAAAUAUAACAACAAGAUAGUCUAGAUUAAAGAAUAAUUUCUUCAUUAGUAAAAUAUUGA